AUGGCAACAAAGGAACAGAGAAUCGAGGCCGCAGUUGCGGCAGGCGAGAUUCCCGGUGUGAUCUUGCUUGCUACUGAUAGAGCCGACAAGUUCCACUACGGAAAGGCUAUUGGUAAUGCAUCCUUGAAACCAGGCGCUGAGCGACCUAUGACACUCGACACGACACUCACUAUAGCCUCGUACACGAAGAUUAUUACUACCGUCGCCGUGCUGCAAUGCGUCGAACGAGGUCAGUUUGGCCUGGACGACGAUGUCUCCACUGUGCUUGGUGAACUUCAAAACCUCAAAGUUCUCAAGGGAUUUGAAGAGGGUACUGAGAAUCCAAUUUUGGUACCAGCCAAGAAUAUAAUCACAUUACGACACCUCUUGACACAUUCAUCCGGUAUCGCGUACGACUUCGCCAAUCCUGAUAUGAUACGUUGGCGUGCGUCGACAGGUCACACCCCCGACAUAGGUGAAAGCACGCCUCUACUGCAGCGCGCCAACCUGCCCCUCCUUUUUGAGCCCGGCGAGGGCUUCGUGUACGGCUACUCACUCGACUGGGCCGGGAUCCUCGUUGCACGCCUCAACAAUGUCUCCCUGGAGGACUACAUCCAGAAGAACAUUUGCGAGCCACUAGCCAUCACGGACUUGACUUUCCACCUCGAAAAGAACGACGAGGUUCGCGCCAAACUAGCCGAUUUUAAUUUCCGAAUGGGUGGCAUGACCCAAUUCGCGACUCCGGCAGACCCAAGUGGUCAACUCACCUGGAUACCAGGGCGCGUGUGGCCGGACCCCGUUGUCGAGGAUUACGGUGGAUGGGGCGCAUUCACUAGCGGACCGUCAUUUUUGAAGGUCCUUGUCUCCCUACUACGUAACGAUGGGAAGCUUCUCCGUCCCGAGACCGUUGAUGAUAUGUUUACGGAUCAGUUAUCUGCCGCUUCGAAGGAGAUGUUGAAUGCGACACUCUCCAUCCCGGAGGUGAACAAUUAUCUCGGUGGGACACCGCUAGGACUGCAGAAGACCUGGGGACUAGGGGGGUUGGUCGUCCUGGAAGAUCAUACAACCGGCCAGAAGGCUGGUAGUCUUCGGUGGGCUGGCUUGCCGAAUCUGUUCUGGUGGAUUGAUCGCGAGGUUGGGCUGUGUGGUCUGUAUGCGAGUCAGCUGCUGCCGACUGGGGAUCCGAAGAGCAUGGAGUGGUCAACUGUGUUUAUCCAGGAUAUGUACGAGAGAGUGGAGAGAUUUCACGCCAAAGUGUGA